AUGCCAUCCACCAAAUCCCACAUCGUCAGCGAUGACGCCCUGAACAAGCUAUGGAUCGGAUUGGUCUGCAUCGAGUUUGCCCUCGUGCUAGGCGUGUUGGUCUUGGCUCUUUGGGCAAGAGUCAGACCCCGUCGGCAAGGCUACAAUCCAAUAUGA